AUGCAGCUUGAAGAAGCCCUCGGCAAUCGCCCCCUUCUCAAAGGCUCCCCAGAAGAGAUCAAGAAGCAGUACAGCGGUCUUAUGACUUUCCUUGCAGCUAACCGCCCUCCGCCAGACCCAUAUGUAUCCGCGAACGACAUGACAAUCGCUGGGGUCAAGUGUCGGGUAUACACGCCCGGUUCGCCAGCAACCCCUCGGCCCGUCGGAAUAUACACCCAUGGAGGUGGAUUUGUUUGCGGUGAUCUUGACUCUGAAGAUGCGCUCUGUCGAGUGAUCUCCAAGGCCGUAGACUGCAUUCUCGUCAGUGUAGACUACCGACUUGGCCCUGAGCACAAGCUCCCGGCCAUGCUCCAGGAUACGCUAGCGGUAUACCAAUGGGUAUGGGAAAACGCUUCCCAGCUCGGCGGCAAUCCGGCCGCGUUCUUCUCCAUCGGCGGGAGCGCCGGAGCGGGAUUGGCUCUUGCUGUUGCGAAUCAUUAUGCUCAGCGAGCUGACGGUAGGAAGUAUAUCAAAGGGGUUGUUGCACUAGUACCAUUGGCGUUGCACUGGGAUAAUGUCCCUGCCGAGUAUAAGGGCGACUACACGUCGUAUGACGACAACGCAGACAAUGUCCCCGUUAUCGACAAGUCUACGAUGGAAUCGUUCUAUCGUAAGUCAUCACCCAAAAGCCGAAUCCAGCCCCCUAUUCAACAGCUUAUACUUAUAUCAGAGGCUGUUGCGGCCGAUCCAAAUGAUUCUAACAUAUUCACUGCCUUGUCACCCCAUCUUCCAAAUUUUCCCCCUACGUAUAUCUGUACCUGCGGAGCGGACCCCCUCCGCGAUGAUGGGACUAUAAUGGAAAAGGCUCUCAGGAAGUCUGGUGUUCCAACGAAGCUGUCAACAUAUCCAAAUCUACCUCACUAUUUUUGGAUCUUCCCGGACCUGGAAGCUAGUGGAGGGUUCAUCAAUGAUGUGAUUUCCGGGACUAACUGGGUCAUUUCGCAGUUCCCGACUUUGAAUUAG